AUGUUGAAUGUUCAUCAGUCCCCGUCAGCAAAGCCUGACGAACGCCACCAUCGCCAGCAGCGCUCAGCGAAGCACACAAAGUUGACAUCAGAUACCACGACGGCCGACGUGCCAUGGCAGCAGAUGACACAAACAUACACCUGGGUUAUGGAGGAAGAGUUCAUCAAGAUAAACCACAAGCGUACCUGCAAGACGGAAGACUGGGUCCGGCAACAGCAAUACUUCUUCAGCGUGAAGGAGGACCAAUGCGACAAGACCCGCACACGACCGAGAAAGCACCGCCGGGGUGAUUGUGAGGAGGUAGCCUAUAUUUUUGGAGUAGAUGCAGAGGACUGGAAGCGGCAGGAGGAACGGGUACGACGGCUGAUGCAUGAGCGCGAAAAGGCAAGGGCGAGGAUACAGGAAGAGCUGCGACGUAUCGAAACGCGCUUCCAGCAGAAACGCGAUGCAGACCGACGGGCGCGGGAAGAGGCACAGCGCAGGGCGACGGAGAAACAAGCAAAGGAAAAGAGGGACCGGGCGAGGUUGGAUAGAUUGAUUGUGGAGGCCUGGGCGACCUAUGAAAAAGAAUGGGCGGCGCUAGCUGCAUCAUCCGAGCCACUCACGUUCAGCCGAGUCCCAUGGCCGCUUAUCUUGCCGCCGCGGGAUACCAACGACAUCACCCGCGACGCGAUUGUCGCGUUGCUCUUCUCUCCUUUACAUUCACAGCACCAGACGCGCAAGGACAGGAUCCGCAGCGCACAGCUGCGAUGGCACCCCGACCGAUUCCGACGGUUCCUCGGACGGGUGGCAGAGCAAGAGAGGGCGACGGUGGAGGAGGGCGUCGGGGUCGUCGCACGCUGCCUGAACGAGAUGAUGGAGAAGGAAAAGAAAAUGAAAGCGAGAUGA